AUGCCCGUAGGAACGCCUUCUCCGUUCCGUUUCCCCCAGCGUCCUGGCUCAUCUGCUCGACCUAGUGCUGCAUCUCAAUUUGCAUCUACUCCCCGCUUUUUGUUAUCUCAGAAGCCGACUGGCCCGGAAAAAGCGAAAGCAAAGGAUGAGAUCAACACUAGUGAUCCGGAGGAGUCACCGCGAUCAACUCCUCUCUCCACGGCACGUGUCGAGCCGCAGCAAAGAGGACGGGAAUUAAUCGAGGACUUGCAAGAUGAUGCGACUCAUCUCUUCAACUCCGGGCUGAGGAAAGCCGUCGAUGAUAUAUCUGAUAGUGAGACAAACCACACUACUCCGCCGGAGGGUGCCGGCGAUAUAGAUGCCGCAUUUGAUGCCCUGUUUGGGCCGACUACAGUGGAUCGAAGGAAGAGACGCCGUAUAUCUCUGGAUGAAGAACCAUCUACGACUCAACCUGCAAGGCACAACGCAGACAUGAUUCUGACUUCUUCGCCGGAGACUUCAGCGUUCAUUACAGAUCCGCCUUCGUCGCCCAUCCCCUUCCGUACUCCAAAGCAGAAUACUCUGACGCGGGGGACCGUAGCUGCUGCACGGCAAACGCCUAGGCCUGCGACUCCGGCAAGUACAGCACCAUUCCGCGACCAUCCUCGCUUCAAGAUGUUUCAACCGGCAUUGAGCAGUCAGUCGCAAUUCACCCCAAGACCGACGGCAGUAUCUGCGUCACAAUUACCGACCCCUGGGCCCCAAAGACAGAAGCCAGUCUUUGUCCUGCCUCGCUCUCCGUCUCCAUCACGGAUGGACGAUGAAUCGAUGAUUCCAACUCCAUUCUCCCCUUCCUCUCAUGCUCUUCGUCGGCGAGGCCGUCCCCGAUCGAGUACUGCAAACUACUUACCAGGCGGCAUGGCCUCGGACGUCCGCAGCUGGAUCCUGGAAACGGGAGCCAAAAGCGAACAGAUCCAGAAGAGUCUAAAUGCUUAUUCUAGGGAGCACCAGACCCAAGCGCCCCCUGAUCUAAGCCAGUAUUACCUUGUUCUUCGCAUCCUUGACGUCCGGCAGUCUGCGCUGGGUAGCUCUGGCCCAGUGGCUUAUAUACGUGGUGUGGAAGUCACUGUUCCCGCUGAGCUCGAACGUGAAAUCUCGCAGUCAAGGAGAGUUCUCCUUCUUGGUCCGCCUCGGCCAGCUAGCUUGCAGUCCUCUAGUGCAAGAACUCAAGUUCCUGAGCUUCGCACUGGUCAUCUGGUCGGAGUGUUUCGGAGUCUGGUCUGGGAGGUUGGCUUGGAACAGGCGCAUGCGCCGAGAGAAGAAACGCAAGAGAACGAGGAGCUUGUGAGCAGUCUUGGGUGCGAUACAAGCACUGAGAAUCUGGAGGAAUGGCUCGUCGGGAUGCAAUGGGAACUAAUCGACCAGAAUUGA